AUGGAAAACGUGCUGGCCAGUUUAACAAUUAUAUGUUUGAAUUUCAAUUUACAGCGAUCAUUUUCCACCACAAAUCGAUUCGUUUCGGCCACCACUUGAACUCCCUAAAGAGAUCAAAGCAGCUCCAAUUGAAAGUCGGUCAUGCCUGCUGCGUGGGUGUGGAUGAUCUUGGCGGUCAUGAAUCUGACACUAGGUCAAUCCAUUAGUGAUUAUCUCGAUAAGGAAGAAUCCGAAGAAAGCCCAGAAAUUCAUAUGAAAACAAAACCGAAUUCGAGAAGAGGUUCGUGUAAAAAAUGCUACCCAUAUUUAUAUCCAAAAAGCAAGUACUACGUGCUGCCCAAGAGAACUGGUGAAAGAAGGCCUCACAAUGUUGUAUUUAUUCUGAAGGAUCAAAAAACGGGAAAACCCGUCAAAGUGGCCUUUAAACAUGGCCUUAAAAAUGAUAGAAACAUUCGUAUUUUGAAGGGAUUCAAUAACUCCUAUCAGCCAUGCCGGGCUAAGCCUGGUAGAUGUGUAUAUCGGCUAUUUAAUCGGAAAACUUUUCGCACUUACAAAGUGGACUUCAAGACGGGGUUUAAGAAUCGAAGGCGAGUAUCUGUAUUAAAGUUAAUACCGUGAAUGUAACGGCUUACUAAAAGCAAUCACUAACUUCGAACACUGUAAUAAAAUAAAAGUAGUUUUAAAAGCCA